AGCCCGGGAGCUGAAGAAGCCAAAUGAAGACAUGUGUCUGUCGGACCAUAAGUCCCUCCCAGAGUUCUCCCGGAUCCCCGGACUCAUCCUGCCGGGCCGGGCCGUGUCCGACUGCCUGAUGCUGAUGCAGUUCCUGCGAGGCUUCGGGAAGGUUUUGGGACUUGAUCUGAGCGCGGACAUCCCCACGCUGGGGAUGCUCCAGGAGGGUUUGCUCAACGUGGGGGACAGCAUGGGCCAAGUCCAGGACCUUCUGGUUAAACUGCUCUCUCUAGCUGUCUGUGAUCCGGGUCUGCCACCUGGACAAAAGACCAAAACUAUGCUGGGAGACCAUUUGACCAAUGUGGGCAUCAACAGAGACAACGUCUCCGAGGUGCUGCAGAUGUACAUGAGCGCUCAUUGUGCCAACACAGAGCUGGCACCGUUAGCCCUGAGCCUGAAGACCAAAGCCUUCCAGGCUCACACACCCGCUCAGAAGGCCUCCAUCCUGGGCUUCCUGGCCAACGAGCUGGCCUGCAGCAAAGCUGUGAUCAGUGAGAUCGACAAGAACCUGGACCAAAUGGCCAACAUGAGGAAGGACAAGAUCAUCAUGGAGGGAAAACUAAAGAAACUGAGAACUAUUCACGCCAAGCGGACAGGGAAGAGGGAGGCCAGCUUGGGUGGGGAGGAGAACCAGUCUGUCGGAACGCCAUCCUCCGCCUCCAAACGCAAGAGGAAACUGGUCGCGGACAGCGAAGACGAGGACGACGACGACGAGGACAGUGAUGACCCAGCGGAAGAUGAUGAUGAGGAGGAGGAGGAGGAGAUCAAAAAGGUUAAAAAGGUGGAAACGUUUGACGAGGAUGAAGUGGAUCAGGCCACCAGCAUCGAGGAGCUGGAGAAGCAGAUAGAAAAACUAGCCAAGCAACAUCAUCAGACCAGAAAGAAGCUCUUUGAGAUAUCUCAUUCUUUACGCUCCAUGAUGUACGGACAGGACCGGUACCGCCGCCGGUACUGGGUCCUGCCGCACUGCGGCGGGGUCUUCAUCGAAGCUAUGGAGAGUGGAGAAGCUCCGGAGGAACUGGAGGAGGAGCGACAGAGGAGGAGACGAGCUGCAGAGGAGGUGAAGGUGAAGGAGGAGCCCCAGGAGAUCGAGCUGCACAAGGAGAAAAUAUCAGGCCUAGAGCAACAGAAGGAGGAGGAAAGGGAGCCGAAUGGGAGGAAGAACUCCUUGUCGUCGUUCUACCCGAAGUCCGGCUGCGUGUCCAAACAGUGCACGCGCCGAGACGUCCUCAAAGACUCUGCUGUGAAGACCGAGGACAAGGACAGUCCACACGGGAGGAAGAACAGGAGUCACGUGGUGUCUAACACUGGAACGUCCUCCUCCCCUCAUCACGGUAAUCCUGAGCCGCCGGCGGCAGCGAUCCCCUCCAUGGUGACCUCUAACGACACCACCAACAUCCCACUUCCUGCCACAACCUCCUUGUCCUUUCCCGGCCUGCUGGCUCCACGUGAAAGUUCCGGGAACACUCCCACCUCCUCCCCGUCCCUGCUCCUCUCCUUCCAGGCCAACGACCAGCUACUCCGAGUCCUGACCGAGAGGAGCGGGCACUGGUUCAGUUUGCUCCCUCGUAACCCCUGCGACCUCUCCUCCCUCACCGUCAGCCCCCCAGGAGUGCCUCGCGGCUCCCCUCAGGCAUCCUCCACCCCGGGCAGACCCAGGUCUCCGCCUCCGUCCCCAGCGCUUCCUCUCACACCGUCCGCUGCCUCAGCCUCCACCAGCCCGCACCACCCGGCCGGCCUCCUCAACUACCCACUGUCCACCCUGCAGCUGAAGUCCGGGGGCUCGUUGUUGGGGGUUUCAUUUGGAGGGUGGCCCAGCGGGGUGAUAAGUCCCAGCUUGCCCCUCUGCAGCAGUCCCAGCCCCCUGCCGGGUCACUCUCUGGAGGGCAACACAGCUGCGAGCGUCUCCAGUAAGAGCGAAUCACCUUUACCUCGCAUCGAGAAGAGCUCCUCCAUGCCUUCGCCUGCCUUGGAGAUGCCAAAGUCGCUCGACCACUCUUUGCCUCGGCCCAUUCCAGAGGAGCUGCUUACGGGUUGGUGGCGAGUGUCCCACGUGGAGCAGCUGAGGGCUCUGGUCAACGCGCUUCACAGUCGAGGAAUCCGAGAAAAAGGUCUCCACAGACAGAUGCAGAAAUAUCUGGAGAUCAUCCCUCAGGUCUGCACCAAACACAGAGACGUGGCCAUGAUCGAGCUCCGUGAGCUGGAGGAGAGCCAGGUGAGCGUGGAGUCGGUGCGGGGCUGGUGUGUGGAGGAGCAGGCCAUGGAGAUGGACAUCGCCAUGCUGCAGCAGGUGGAGGAGCUGGAGAGGAAGGUCACGGCAGCCAGCCUGCAGGUCAAGGGCUGGACCUUUCCGGACCCUCAGUCCGAGCGGGAGGACCUGGUGUACUACGAGCACAAGCCCCUCACCAAGUGCACACUGUUGUCAGCAAGUGCAGGGGACAAGGACUCCAGAGACUCCAAGGAGCACCCGGAGGACCGCGUGGAGAAGGGCGGGGUGAUGCGUCACCCGGACAACCCGCUGGACAUAGCAGUGACACGUCUGGCUGAUCUGGAGCGCAACAUCGAGAGAAGGUACCUGAGGAGCCCCUUAGGUACCACCAUUCAGAUCAGGCUGGAUAAUGUGGGUACGGUCACUGUCCCUGCCCCCGCCCCAUCCACUAGUGCUGACAGGGAAGGGAGUGAGGAGGAGGUGGCGCAUGGUAUGAAGGUCUGGAGGAAGGCCCUGAGUGAGGUGCGCAGUGCUGCGCAGCUGGCCAUGUGCAUCCAGCAGCUGCAGAAGUCUAUCGCCUGGGAGCGGUCCAUCAUGAAAGUGUACUGUCAGAUGUGCAAAAAGGGCGAUAACGAGGACCUCCUCCUGCUGUGUGACGGCUGUGACAAAGGCUGCCACACUUACUGCCACAAACCCAAAAUCACCAGCAUCCCAGAAGGAGACUGGUACUGCCCAGCCUGCAUUUCCACGGCAAGUGGUUCAUCCCCAAAGAGCAAAAAGCCUCCGGUUAAACCUGCAGCUUCUGGUGGAGGAGGCGGUAAAAAGGGCACGGAGGCCAAGAAGAACGGGAAGCCGGCAGGUAACGGUGAAGUGUCGGAGGAGGAUUCAGCCAGUGCCAGCAGCACGCCCAAGAAAGGAACAAAAGACACCAGCAGGAAGAGGAAGACGGAGGACAGUUCCCCCGCUCCGAUACCGAGCAAUCAGGAAAGUCCUGUAUGUGUGAAGAGAGCCAAGACGGCGAGAGACAACAACCGGGAUCUGGGGUUGUGCAGGGUUCUGCUCGCGGAGUUGGAGCGACAUCAGGACGCGUGGCCGUUUCUCACUCCUGUCAACCUGAAGUCGGUUCCUGGCUACAAAAAGGUCAUCAAAAAACCGAUGGACUUCUCCACCAUACGAGAGAAGCUCGUCAGCAGCCAGUAUCAAAAUCUGGAGACUUUCAUCAUCGACGUCAACCUGGUGUUUGACAACUGCGAGAAAUUCAACGAGGACAACUCGGACAUCGGCCGAGCCGGCCACAACAUGAGGAAGUUUUUCGAGAAGCGCUGGACUGAGCUUCUGAAACAAACAAACUAAAAUUCUACUUUUCGUACCCGAGCACCUGGUUUUACUUGGAUUAUUUUUUUUGUUUUGUUUUUUCUGCUGGAGUUUGCGGCUUUGCAGGAUGGAAGAAAAAGUCAGCAGCUCCUCAAUGAGGAAUCCUUUGUGUGUGUAAGACCGGUUUCACCUUAACAUUAAAAAAACAAAAGAAUAAAAAAAGUUACAUGAGGUGCGCUGGAUUUAUUACAACAGGGAUAAAAGCCCCAAAGAGUCCCAGAGAAACGGGGUGUCCGAGUGCAAUAGCAUUCCCUGUGAGAGAACACUGCACUGAACGAACGCUCAGCUGUCACUGAUCGAUCUGCGCCACACUUUCCACUACCUUGUACAGAGCCUUUUGUUAUUUAAUCAUAUUAUAGUGAAUGUAUUUAAUUUUGUAUUAAUUAUUUAUGAAUCAAGGUCCACUUCAUUUUCUAUGAAAAGGAGAAAUCAUCCAAACUGCUUUGAAUUUAAAACAAA